CUGCUCCGUGACGUCAUCAGACGAAAUUAAACAUGGCUGACAGUGAGUGAUGGGGAGCGAAAGUUAGCGAAAAGCGUUGGCAAAGUCCCGGAUCCUCUCCGCGUUUGUUACAGGAAACAUGGAUCCAAAGCGCGCACACAGCAAACCUCAAACAAGCGGUGACGGCAGCAGCGGCGACUCCAGCUGCGGGAGCCCUGCGUCCCCGUCCAGCAGCCCCGCACCGGCAGCCAGCAACGUCCCGGUGCCCGGAGGAAAUGUGUUCGCUAACGACGGCAGCUUCAUGGAGAUGUUCAAGAAGAAGAUGGAGGAGGAGAGGAGGAAAAAGGAGAGGUCGCAAACAGGUGGAGACGCGAGAGCCACCGAGCAAGGACAGACAUCAGUGGAAAAGAAGCCCCCUCCCGUGACAACCUUUGUGGGGAAGCGCAGAGGCGGUGUGUUCCUAAAGACCGGCAUGGUUGCAAAGAAGCAGAAACAGGACACAGAAGUUGAGCCAGGCAAGAGUGAUGCUUGGUCAAAGUACAUGGCUGAGGUGAAAAAGUACAAAGCCCACCAGUGUGGCGACGACGAUAAAACCAGGCCUCUGGUCAAGUAGGCUCCAAAAGGUGAAGAUGAAGCAACAGUGUUUAGAGGGGAAAACCAUCUGGGAGAAGCUCUGAGAGGGCCUGCAAAUCUUGACCUUCUCAUACUACCCAUUCAAAUUACCCCUCACAUUAAGGCUCUCACAAACUGCUUAGACCGACACACCUUUCCCCUUUUUUUGUAUUGUUUUUGUCUUAUUUGUUGGACGUUGGUGAUUUGAUCUGGUGUCAAAAGGUGUUUCAGAAACUUGACAUGCAUUACUCAUCAUUGUUAAAUCUUAUCAAAUUUGUCAUGUUUGGUUUAUGUUAGGGUUCAUUAAUAAUUUGAUUUGUUAAUAGGCAAAUCAAAGUUUCAAUUAAAUUGACACUGCCUAUUUA